UUUCCGGAGCAGAGGAUGGUAGACUUUGCUCUCCUGAAGAACCCUAAUAAGCCAUUAAAUUUGAUCCCUUCGUGUCUGGGAAAAUUAGAAUCUCCUGUUGUUCGUUAUGCCCUCUUCCCACCAUACAGAAAAAUCGCCUCUACAUCGAAGUUGGGUACUGCCUCUUCGAUUCGUUGCGCUUCUUCUCCCGCCCAACGACCUCUUAGAUAUGCAGUGCUUGGAGCUGGCUUUGCCGGAUUGUCUGUGGCUUGGCAUCUCUUAGAGCUGGCAUCAAAUGAUUUGAGUCUAUGCAUUGAUAUCUAUGAUGAAGUUGGCAUUGGGGGUGGUGCUUCCGGGGUUGCAGGAGGAUUGGUUCAUCCUUAUUCCCCUAAAGCUAAACUUCUGUGGAAGGGCGCCGAGUGCUGGAAGGAGUGCUUAAAGCUGUUAAACAUUUCAGAAGCAUCUGUGUCAUCUAGGGAGUCAAAGAAUCUGGCUCAAGAAAAUUGUGUUGAUGAAUUACUAGUUUGGAGAAGGGGCAUCUUGAGGCCAGCUACAACCUUGAGGAAUGUGGAUAUACUGACUGAGAGCGCACAGAACUGCCUUGGAGAGUGCAGGAUAGAGUCAAUAGAUAAGGAAGCUGCUAGCAAUCUCAUACCUAAUAUUUGCAUGCCUUACAACUCUGCCAUUUAUAUGCCUGAAGCCAUAAAUAUCAAUCCUCAACCCUAUCUUAAGGCACUCUUCUUUGCCAGCGAAAAUCUAGCAGAAGAGUUGACUGCAUCAGGCUAUGGAGGAAAAGAAAUUUACUUGCACAAGAUGUCUGUUAACAGGCUCCUUGAACUAGGUGGGGAAUACAAUGCAGUGAUAAUCUGUCUAGGUGCCAAAGCAGAUAUGCUUCCAGAGCUGUCAGGGAAGCUCCCUUUGAGGACAUGUAGAGGUGUCAUUGCUCACCUACAGCUGCCUCAAGAUAUAAGAAAUGAAUAUGGGGAACAUAGCCCAUCAAUUUUGUCUGAUGCAUGGAUUGCUGCCCGGGGGCGUCACAAUCUUGUUAUAGGCUCAACAUGGAAGUGGAGAUCAAGAAAUUAUUCACCUAGUGUCUCUGCAGAGGAAGCUUCAAUGGCCCUUAAAGAGCUUAUCCCAAAGGUAUCUGCUGUGUACCCCCAUAUACAGAAUUGGACUUUCACUGAAGCAAGAGCAGGUGUCAGGGCCAUGCCACCAAAGACUCCUCUUGGGUCAUUGCCGCUUUUGGGUUGUGUUGAUGAUUUUGUCGAUGGGAAUUACAGGUGUAAAUACUGGUUGUUCGGAGGACUGGGUUCAAGAGGUCUGCUCUAUCAUGCAUGGCUUGGAAAAAUACUGUCCCAAGCUGUGCUUUCUUGUAAUGAAAGUUUAAUCCCUUCGGAAUUAACCUCAUGGAGAAAGCUCCAAUGAUUAUUGUUAAGAAAUGGAAGGAAUUUAGUCUCUGGUAUUUGAUA